GCCUUGAGAAUGAAGACCUUCAUGAAGAUUUCAUCACUAUUUCUGACGCUGUACUGUGUUCUGCAGCUUACCUCAGCUGGCACAAUGUCGGUUGACUUGGCAAACAGUAUCUGUUGCUUUAAUGAAACCAGUCGAAUACCUCUGAAACAGCUGCAGUCUUAUUUCUGGACAAGUAGUAUUUGCCCCCUCAAACACGUUGUGUUCGUAACAAUUAAGAAGAAACAAUUCUGUGCAAACCCUGCGAGUGCCUGGGUCAAGCGGGCCAUAGAGCACGUAGACAAUAAUCAGGCUUCAAAUUCAGCAAAAUGAAACUUGGAAGAUAUUGUCUGAUUAGAAUUUUAAGAGAAACAUUUCAGUGCUAUUAUUGGACAUUAUUCUAUUAUUAUUUGCCUUGCUGAAUAUUAUCUAUGUAUCUGCCGUUUUAUUGGAUUUUGUGGCAUGUAGCAGUUUUUGGGUAAAUAGUAUUUACUUAUGUUUUAAUGAUAUAUAUCUUGUAGGUCUUUGAUUUAUUUUUCCAUUGUUUCCAAGUAGUUUUUCUAAAAAGCAUCUUGUAAAUAUUUUUGUUUAAUUUUUUUAUGAACAAAAGAAUACUGAAUAUUGUAAUAUUCUAAAGUCAUUAUUUAUAUUAUUAUUAUUGUUAUUGUUGUUAUUAUAUGAAAAAAGGACACAACAACUUUUUGACUAUUCCACUAGAGGGCACAUGUACAUCAUUACAGAUGCCUCAAACUGUUGGUAUUAAGAAAACGGCUUCAUUUAAUGGUAAUGUCAAGAGCUGAUUUUGUAAAGUAGUAUUUUUUCAUUGAUUGUGGAGGGCUAUACCACUUGCUCUACAUAGUAAGUUGACUGUGUAUUUAAACACAGCCAAGAUUAUCCUAAUAAACUCUAAUUUUACAAUGGCCUCGUCUCGUCUUUCUGCUCUUCUACUUGAUAAAAUAGCUUACAGUAAAUCACUGGUUUUUGGGUGCAAGACUUGCUGUUAACUGCUAACUAACUAGACAAAACAAAGCUGACAGGUUGGUGGUAGGCCUAGUCUAGAAAACAGAAUGGAUGAUGUACUUUGUUUAUUUUAAAUGUUGUGUUUUAGGGGAGAGUGUUUGUUUAAUGUCUGAUUGUUAUUCACGUGACGAUUUGUAUGUGUUCAUAGUGUUUAAAAAGUUUAGGCUAUGUUUUUAUGAAUUUUAGUUGCAGGUUAAAUGCAUUCAUGUCCCCUCUAAGUAAUAUGAUUAAACAGAUUAAUAUGCCACUUCAGAUGCAAAUUCCAGAAAUGUUUUCUUAUGUUGGAAUGAAAGUGCCUCUUAUGCUUACCCAAAAGAUAUCAAAUGGAAGAAAGGGUUGAAACUGAAUACAAUCUUGCUGCUUUAACUGUAUAUUCACAUUUUUAAAUAUUUAUU